GCUCGUCUCUCCGCGGUAUCUCAGCUUCGCGCGCCCUCGUCCGCCCCUAGUUCCUAGCGUCCUGCGCGACCCGCGGCACCCGAGAGGGGGGGCUCAGCGAAGCGGCGGGGACCGGUCGACAGAAGGAUGCCACGGAGAAAGAAAAAAGUUAAAGAAGUCUCUGAAGCUCAGAACCUGGAGAAGAAAGAUAUAGAAACUACCAGUUCUGUCAAUGUGAAGAAGUGUAGACUUGAGGAUGCAUUCAUUGUGAUAUCUGAUAGUGAUGGAGAGUUCUGGAGACGUCCAAGAUCAAAGUGCCAGAAGGGUCAGUGUCUGGAACCAAAGGAGGAGAAUGGAUUGCAGAAAAUGAAGACAAAACAGUCGAAUAGAGCAAAGUGUUUGGCUAAAAGAAAAAUUGCACAAAUGACAGAAGAAGAACAGUUUGCUCUGGCUGUCAAAAUGAGUGAACAGGAAGCUAGGGAGGUGAACAGCCAGGAGGAGGAAGAAGAGGAGCUCUUGAGGAAAGCCAUUGCUGAAAGCCUGAAUUCUUCCCAAGGGCUGUUUGUUGAAGAAACUUCUGAAGAAGGAAAUUCUGUACCUGCCUCAAAGAGCAUUGCUACUUUGAACAGUAAGAGAAGCUCAGUCCUUAUGCCAGAGAGUUCUGCAGAGGAAAUCACUGUGUGUCCUGAGACACAGCUAAGUUCCCCUGAAACUUUUGACCUUGAGAAAGAAGACUUUCCAGGUAGCAGAGAGACGGUGGAUGAAGUAAGAAUAAUGGCAGAUAAGGAGGUUCUUCAGGUUGAUAACAGGGAAGAUGCUGAGAAGGAAAUACCUACUACUACCUUCUCAUCUAGUACCCAGGUGUCCUGCCCACUAUGUGACCAAGGCUUCCCACCCACAAAGAUCGAGCUACAUGCCAUGUACUGCAAUGGGCUGAUGGGUCAAGAUACAGUGUUGACUCGGAGACAAAAAGAGGCUAAGAGAAAGAGCAAGAGUGACAGUGGGACAGCUGCUCAAAUUUCCCUAGACAUUGACAAGAAUGAGAAGUGUUAUCUCUGUAAAUCUCUAGUCCCAUUCAGAGAGUAUCAGUGUCAUGUAGAGUCCUGUCUCCAGCUUGCAAGAGGUGACCGAGGAGAUGGGCCUGAAGAGAGUGAUAGAGUAUGCUCAGCUGUGGAGAGGAAGCGUCCACAACGGCUGAGGAACCCAAAGGAAAAAGGCUUCAAUGAAGGCCGACUCCUCAGUCUCUUGGAACAGUCUGAGUACAAGACCACAGAUGCAGAGAUAAGGACCAAGUUUUCAGAAACAGGAGCCUUCAGGGUGCCUUCACCAGGGGUAGAAGAGGCAGGUUGCAGCAGAGAGAUGCAGAGUUCUCCUGCACAUCUCGACUUAAAUGAGUCUCCCAUCAAGUCUUUUGUUUCUAUUUCAGAAACCACAGAUUGCUUAGUGGACUUUAAAAAGCAGCUUACUGUCCGGUCAAGUAGCCGGACACGGACCAAAGCAGGCAGAGGAAGAAGGAGGAAAUCCUGAAUUUCUAGGGUCCAAAGGUUGACAAAACCAUUAGCAAUAGGGUUGGGCCAUGUUCAUUAAGCCGUAGUGGUCUCCAGUUCAUUGUUAUGAACUGGUCCUGCAGUUUCUACCACCAGCACCCAUUCAGUGUUCUGGUUUUUAUGUUUUCUAUGAGCUAUACAGACAACUGUGUGUAGUAUUCUGUUUUAUAACAGUCUUUUUGAAUUCACUUAUGGUUAAAAAGAAAAUUUAAAUAUAUUUAUCUGUG